UUAAAAAUGACAAAAGCAAAACAUGGCAAGCUAAUCUCCGUCUCAUCUCAAAGUUUGACACAGUGGAAGACUUCUGGGCGUUAUACAAUCACAUUCAGUUCUCAAGUAACUUAAUGUCAGGAUGUGACUACUCCCUCUUCAAGGAUGGCAUUGAGCCCAUGUGGGAAGAUGAGAGAAACAAGCGGGGCGGUCGCUGGCUGAUUACCCUGUCCAAACAGCAGCGUAGAGCCGACCUGGACCGCUUCUGGUUGGAGACGCUUUUGUGCCUUGUGGGAGAAUCAUUUGAUGACCACAGUGACGACGUCUGUGGUGCUGUCGUCAACAUCCGAACAAAGGGAGACAAAAUAGCAAUAUGGACAACAGACUACGAGAACAAAGAUGCUGUUGUACACAUAGGGCAUGUGUAUAAGGAAAGAUUAGGUGUGCCUUCGAAAGUCAUCAUUGGAUACCAGUCACAUGCAGACACAGCCACCAAAAGUGGUUCCACCACCAAGAAUAAGUUUGUUGUUUAAGGAAUGCUGCAACAGUCUGAAUCUUUAUCAAAUUCCGAUCUUCAUCAGAAGAGACAGACAAACAAAAACAAAAGUCCUGGGAUCUGACCUUUCACACAAUGUUGUGGGGGAAAUUAAAAGCCUUCAGAUUAGUAUAUAGAAGGAUUUAAUCAGAGGAAUAUUGUAUUUACAAAACUGUACAGUGUAUAAAAACAGAGCCAUGUUCUAUUUUUUUUUUUUUUAAAUGUCAGUGUACUAUUAACUGAUCUUUUGCUGGUGGGGAUGGGAAGUGUAUUCAGUUAAAUUAUGAAUAUUUUUCUUUCAUAUUCUGUUUGCCUUUUUAUGUUGGGUUGCAGUUACUAAAUCUUAAGUGUAAUUUAUUUAUUUUUUACUUACACAUGUUUCUUCUUUGGAUUCAGUGUUUGAGUGAUUUGGACAGUAAACUGAUCAUGACAUUUCUAAUUACACUAUUCAAAUAAUUCUUGUAUUGCAGCUUGAGAAUGUCAAAGGUUGAUUCUGUUCAAAGACUGUUGUAUACAUGUGUAUUUUUGCAGUCUUGUUUUACAUUCCUCAUGUGAAAUGUUCAAGGCCGUAUUGAGAAAACUGAUCUCCGGUUCUCACCUUUUCCUAAGGAGUUUAAUUGAGUUGCCUGACUUUGUAACAAAUAAAAUGUACAGUGCAUUGUCUAUAUCCAGUGAAGAGGCUCUGAAAUUCAUCUGUUGAUGAUAAAUAAAUAAUCUGC